GGCGGCGGCGGCUGCGGCCGAGGAGGCCUGAGGCGGCCCGAGGUGGGGAGGGGGAGGCAGGCCGGGGACCCGCCGACCGACUGACUACUGUGACUGACCGACAGCCCGCGGCGGCGGCGGCGGAGCCCCGAGCCUCGCCGCUCCUCACGCCCGGCCCGGCCAUGGCGACGGCCCCCUCGCAGCAGAAGGAGAACACGCUGCUGCACCUCUUCGCGGGAGGGUGUGGGGGCACUGUUGGUGCUAUUUUUACUUGUCCUCUGGAGGUAAUUAAGACCAGACUUCAGUCUUCAAGAUUAGCUUUACGAACUGUCUACUAUCCUCAAGUUCAGCUGGGGACCAUUAGUGGAGCAGGAGUGGUCAGACCAACAUCAGUAUCACCUGGACUCUUACAGGUUCUGAAGUCAAUUUUGGAGAAAGAGGGACCAAGGUCGCUUUUUAGAGGCUUGGGUCCAAACUUGGUUGGAGUUGCCCCAUCAAGGGCUGUAUACUUUGCAUGUUACUCCAAGGCCAAAGAGCAGUUUAAUGGCAUUUUUGUGCCUAACAGCAAUAUUGUCCACGUUUUCUCCUCCGGCUCUGCAGCUUUUAUCACAAACACCUUAAUGAAUCCUAUAUGGAUGGUUAAAACCCGGAUGCAGUUAGAACGGAAAGUGAGGGGUUCCAAACAAAUGAACACUGUCCAAUGUGCUCGGUACGUUUACCAGACGGAAGGCAUUCGUGGAUUCUACAGAGGAUUAACUGCCUCAUAUGCUGGCAUUUCUGAGACCAUAAUCUGUUUUGCUAUUUAUGAAAGCUUAAAGAAAUGGCUAAAAGAGGCCCCAUUAACCCCUUCUACAAAUGGAACGGAGAGAAGCAGAAGCUCCACCAACUUUUUUGGACUUAUGGCUGCUGCUGCUAUCUCCAAGGGGUGCGCCUCCUGUAUUGCUUAUCCACAUGAAGUGAUAAGAACCCGACUUCGAGAAGAGGGCACCAAGUAUAAAGCUUUCAUUCAGACCGCCCGCCUGAUAGCUCGAGAAGAAGGUUAUCUGGCUUUCUACAGAGGACUCUUUGCCCAGCUCAUCCGGCAGAUCCCAAAUACUGCUAUCGUCUUGUCCACCUACGAGCUCAUUGUGUACUUACUGGAAGACCGUACCAAGUGACAGGCCAAGACAUGGGCAUUAGGAGAAGAAAACUGAAAAAUUUGGGGGUCGUUUCUCCAUUGAUGUUGAAAGUGUUUAAGAGACUGAUGCAGGAAUGGCUCUUUUCACCUGCUGGACUUUUCCUUUUGGAUUCAUGCUUUCUGGAAGGUUUUAUUUCAUUAACGUUAAUAGUUAAUUACAAUUUUUUAACUUAAGAAUUCAGAAUUAAGCAGCUACUAAAUUAAAUCAUGCUAUUUAAUUUAAGUAUAAAUUUUGUUUGUGUCCUUUUUUAUGUUUAUUGUACCGUCAUGUCAGAAAUUAAUUUAUUUUAGUAAAAAUGUGCUCCAGAAGGAGAGCCGAUUUGUAAUCUGCCCAGGUUUCAUCCUGCUGGUGUCAGUCACACAUCAGUGUUGAGAAGCAUGUGGACCAGAACAGAUGGGGUCUUGUUUUUUCCUCUCAGUUAUGUUUCAUUAUUUUUUCAUGCUGCUUAUAACCCAGGCUUUCAGACUGCUGAGAUAAGCAAAAAUGUUCAGCUGUCCAGAAAGAAAAGGUUCAGAUUGUGAAAUUAUUUUUAUGGCCUUGUAGCCACAUCCUCACUCCAUCAAAAGCAUGUGUCUGCCCCUUAAGCCCGUGGGCACACCUUACCCCUACAGACCUGCCAAAAAACAAUUUUGUAAGUGAGCUUGAACUAAAACCACAUGUUGACAACCUCUUGAGGUUGGCCUUGAAUGUGUAUUUCAUAGGAAGCCUGGUUUCCUAACCAUUUGCUUCCAUCUCUAGGAGAAACUCUAUAGGACAAGGGCAUUUCUUUCCACUGAGGCAUUUCUGUUGUAUCCUAGAAGUCGUGGGUAUCUUGGAAAAUGGGUGGAAAAUUCACCCCUAGCAAUGAGAGUGUCAGAAGAGGGCACAAGUGCUGUUUCAGUGUAAUCAUUUCAACCACGAGGGGUCAGUUGUGUCAAAAUUAAGUCUUCUCUUCAUACUUGUAACUAGGAUUUGAAUGUUUUGUACUAAGGUGGUUUUCGGUUGGAAUGGUUAGCACGGUUGAUGUUAGUGACUGCCAUGCUUGAGCUGUUAAGACUUUCAGUCAUUGCGGAUGAUCUGGAGAGGGUGUUUUCAGCACAUUGCAUUAAAAAGGUUACUUUUUC